AUGCAAGUGCCGACUCAUCACACCCAGGAGACGCCGGUCUCGUUAUCUCACGACAUCUCCCAGGCCAAAACCCCCGGCUACGACUCGGAGACGUCGACGAUGAAGGAUACGCCGUCCUAUCUGCCCAAAACCUCGGGCGAGCCGACUCCGUACGAGUCCACGCGGCACUCCCUCGAGCGCAUCCCGUCACAAGCCAAAUCCACCAAUGCCAAUAUAUUCCCCGACCCGGAAAAUGUCAUCGAAGCAGAUAUGGAGAAAGGCGGCGUGGCGCCACAUACGCCCGGUGCCGCACCCGGCUUCAGCCCGGCCGACUUCCCGGAUGGCGGCCUCGAGGCCUGGCUUGUCGUCGCUGGUGGCUUCUGCGCCCUGUUCAGUACCUUUGGAUUAGUGAAUUGCGUGGGGUCGUUCGUCAACUACUACGUCUCGGGGCCGUUGUCUAACUACAACGCGUCGACUGUCACUUGGAUCACUUCGAUUCAAGUAUUUAUGAUGUCUGGCUUGAACGCGGUCAUGGGCCGAUUGUUCGAUAGCUACGGUCCUCGGUGGCUCCUCAUCAUUGGAACGCUAGUGUUCUGCUUCGGGUUGAUGAUGUUGUCCCUCUCGACGCAGUACUACCAGAUCCUCCUCUCGCAAGGCAUUGUAAGCGCGGUGGGCAUGAGCGCGGUGUUUAACUCGGCAAUGAACUCGGUCAUGGGCUGGUUUUUCAAGCGACGCGCUGCGGCCCUAGGGCUAAUGGUGUCAGGCUCAUCGCUCGGAGGUGUGAUUCUACCCAUCAUGAUGAACCACCUUAUCCCUCAGAUCGGCUUCCCCUGGACUGUGCGCGCCAUCGCCUUCAUGCUCCUGGCCUUGUGCACCUUCGCCUGCUGCACCGUCAAGUCCCGUCUUCCACCUCGUAAGAGACCAUUCAAGUUCGCGGAAUACAUACGACCUCUUCACGAACCAGCCUUUGUGUGUAUAAUUCUUGCCGGCUUCUUCUUUUUCUUCGGCAUGUUUUUACCAUUUAAUUAUAUCCAGUUACAAGCCCGACAGCAAGGAAUCGACGCAUCUAUUGUACCAUACCUCCUACCUAUCAUCAACGCCGUCAGUGUUCCAGGCCGUAUCUUACCCGGUUUCCUAGGCGAUCGAUUUGGACGUUUCAAUGUUAUGAUAUUCAUAUCGGGGCUGUCAGGCAUAAUCACACUGGCCCUAUGGGUACCGGGCAAAUCAACAGCUACAACGGUCGUGUACGGAGCCGUGUUUGGAUUCGCAUCCGGUGGUUUCAUCUCGCUAUUGCCUGCCGUCAUCGCGCAGAUAAGCGACAUUCGCGAGAUUGGCAUACGCAGUGGCAUUGCAUUCUUCGUGUCUUCACUCGGCGCCUUGACGGGCUCACCUAUUGGUGGCGCCAUCGUGAAUGCCAACGGCGGAAGUUUCCUAGGCCUUCAGCUGUUCUGUGGCAUUGUGAUGACCAUAUCGAUGCUAUGGUUUAUUGCAGCGAGAACUAUACAAGUCGGCCUCAAGAUCACCAAGAUCUAA